CUAAGCGAUAAUAUAGAAAAAUCAUUUUAUUAUUUUGAAAAGCAAAUAAAAAGAUGCCAACAAUAUUUGGGCUUGAUUAUGCUUCGCAUGAACCCAAAUGAUACUCUCUUUAAGCCGAAGUAGAAACUCUCCAUUGGCCGCGCCAGCAGAUGAGCCGAUGUCAUUUGGCGCGAAAAAAUAAGCUGACAAGAAGUUAGGGUUUCGUAUUCGCCCCGAAAAUUCUAAAGCAAUUUGAAUUUAAUCAACUUUAUACCUACGCUUUAUCUCUGUUUGAUCAGCAAAAAUGGCUUCGAAGCGACCGCGUUCGACGGAAAGCGACGAACAAGUAGUACAACAAUGUGCCCCUAUGAUCAGAGGAGCUGAAAGCUCGUCGGUGAAGUUCAAUAAUUAUAAUCAUAAUCCGCCGGUGGUCGUCUUUGCUCAUGGAGCUGGUGCUCCUUCAACUUCCGAGUGGAUGACUAGAUGGAGGACCUUGUUGGCCAAUGCUUUAAAUCCUGUAGAAGUUGUAACUUUUGACUACCCAUACAUUUCUGGUCGAAGAAAGGCUGCACCAGAUGCAGAAAAGCUUGUUGGGUUUCACUUGGAAUUUGUGAGAAAGGUUGCAGCCAAAUACCCAGAACACCCUUUGAUCUUAAUAGGAAAAUCCUUGGGUUCAAGAGUCAGUUGUAUGGUAGCUGCAGAGAAUGAUAUCGGGGCAUUAGCUGUAGUUUGUUUGGGAUACCCACUAAAGGCCAAAAAUGGAGCCAUUCGAGACGAAACCCUCAUGAAACUUACAGCUCCUAUCAUGUUUGUACAGGGAAGCAAUGAUAAUUUCUGUCCACUGAAACUUUUGGAAGUGGUGAGGCAGAAGCUGAAAUCUUUAAAUGAUUUGCAUGUGAUUGAACAUGGUGAUCACUCAUUCCAAAUUGCAAAAAAGAAUCUUGAGUUAACUGGAAUGACUCAUGAAGAAGCUGAACAACGUGCUGCUGAAUCCAUUGCAAUGUUUGUCUCACGAAUCAAGAAUGAAAAAGUGAUCACUGGACCCACAAACACGUGUGAACUAGAAGUUGAUGCAAUUCAAUUUUGUCAAGAAAGCAAAAGUGUUGAAGAAGAAGAGUGCCAAAAUGUUGAAACUGGUAUAUUAAUGAGUAGGAAGAAAUUUAGGAAGAAGUCAGAGAUGAUACUGAAAAAGAGGCAUAAGUCGGAAAGGAUACUAAAACUGAAGCUUAGUCAACGAAUAUAUGAUAAAAAUGGGAGAGGGUCAACAAUUGAGAAAGCAAUAGCUUUAGAUUAGUGUAGCUUUUUCUAGAAUAUGGGAGCCCAUCUUUUUGUAUCAUAUGGAUACACGUUGUAGACUAGACGAGCAUAUCAUUUCGGCAUCUUCAUACAACAUUUACAUAGAUUUUGAGGCUUUUGGUAGGUGCAUUGAUUGAUUUAUGGCGUUUGUUUAUGUAAACCAAAUGAUAGUGGGAGUCUAGCUUUUUCUUAAUAUUGGUCAUGCCAUCGGUACAUUUUAGCCCGAUAUUGGUCAUGUCAUCAAAGUUAACACUUAGAAUUGAGAGAACAUCAUAAGAAUCCCCAAAAAGGGAUUCAUAUUUAACAAAAUGUCCAUUUUUUGGGGGUUAGUAGCUAAAAUCGACCUACUAUUUGGUGGCAAG